UAUGAAAACAUUCGUUGUGAUUUGCCUCGUAGCAGCUGUGUUUGCACUUGACACAAACAAAUUCGCCGUGCUUCUCCAAACAGGCACAAGAGGAAAUGAUGCUGUUGAAUCCGUUUACAAUCUCUUAAGAGAUUUGAAAACAGAAAAUGUGAAUGUGUAAGCUGCUGCUGACAAAAAGAACAAUACAGACGAAGGUAUAUUGUAUUAUUAUGUGUAGAAAUCUUUUCAUAAGUUAUUGGUGACUUGACAAACGUUGCCUCACUCAAUAAGUAAUAAUGGGAAUCUCUUGGUGUUGUCAGAACAGAUGUUGAAGCUUAAGUCAGAGUAAGCAAAAUAAUUAAUUCAUUAAGGAUGGAUAUUAAUGGUUGGCCUGGGCUGAAGCCAGACUUGCUGAAAUCGUUAGAAGAAAUAAUUAACUCCAAGACUAAAGAUGUUGGGCCAAUGGACUUUUUGUUAGAUCCCUAGCUGAUCAUGCUGAUGCCAUCGGAGUCGUCUAACUCUUAUAAUAAGAUGUAGCUGGUUUCUUAACAAACAAUGCUGGAGUUGAACUUGUUGAAAAGGCUUAAACAAUCGCCGAUAAAUUAUCAGCAUACAGUCAUCUUUUCUAAUAAGAUGCUAUCUAAAAAUUCUAAUCACUUGCUGAAGUUAAGAGAGAAGGCACAACUGGAGAAUAAGUCCUCUAAAUCUUAUAAGAUUUAUAAGUUGAAUUAGAAUCAACUCUUGCUACCUUAUAAGAAUAAGAAAUCCAUGCAGCAUUUGCUCUUGCCAAAUACGUUUCAGAUACUAAUGCUGAAGUUGCUUGGUUGACUUCAGAAUAAGAAAGAAGAACUGGUUUAGUUGAAAAAUUAGAAACUGUACAUUUUUAUUUAAUAUAAUUUUAUAGCAACUCCCAGCUGUUCUUGCCUAAUAAGCCAAAGCCCUCAAACUCUGGAAAGAUUCUUUGAACGCCGUUGCAGGAGCUACCGCUGAUUUGGAAGAGAAGAGAGAAUUCUAUGCCUCCGAAACUGCAAGAAGAGCCGGUACCAUUUAUCACAAUAAUCAAUAGAGGAAAAUGCUAUCAUCGAUGUUGUCAUUUAAUUGUUCAAAGACUAAGUUAGAUCCUUAGCCUCAUAAACCAGCCUUGGAAGAAAAUGAUUUC